ACGCGCGCCGGAGUCGGAGCCUCAGACGCGCGGCGCAGGGGACACCGCGGGGCCGCCGGAGGCCACAGCUCCGUCGGGAACGGACAACGUCCGCGCUCCGGGGAGCCGGGCGGCCGCGCCGGGGCUGAGCGGUGGGCGCGGCGGAAGAACGAAUCCUUGUGGUGUUCUUCCUUAGCACCCACUACCCCUGUUUGCUGAAGACUUUGGCCAAAGCUGCUCUCAGCUGUUGGCAUCAUCCUGAGGAAAGGACAGCUUUCACACAUCAGGGAAACUUUCAGGAGACUGUGGGCCCCAGUGGAUCUUCUGAAGAGCUACCCUAAGAAGACAUUUGGUUUAAAGAAUUAAAAGAACAACUUCAGACAGGAAGACCUUCUUCAAAGUUCCCUGCAUGAACAUUAUUUAAACGUUGCACGCAAAUCUUCUGCGAAAGAAGAAAAGGAAAUACAGUCUGUGGGUCUCAGCAGGAGUUCAGCUAAUGCAGCUUAAAAUAAUGCCGAAAAAGAAGCGCUUACCUGCAGGCAGAGUGGCCCUGAUUCUCUUCCUGUGCCAGAUGAUUAGUGCACUGGAAGUACCACUUGAUCCAAAACUUCUUGAAGACUUGGUACAGCCUCCAACCAUUACUCAACAGUCUCCAAAAGAUUACAUUAUUGACCCUCGAGAGAAUAUUGUGAUCCAGUGUGAGGCCAAAGGGAAGCCUCCUCCAAGCUUCUCCUGGACCCGAAAUGGGACUCAUUUUGACAUAGAUAAGGACCCUCUGGUCACCAUGCAGCCCGGCUCAGGAACCCUCACAAUCAACAUCAUGAGCGAAGGGAAAGCAGAGACCUACGAAGGGGUUUAUCAAUGUACAGCCAGGAACGAACGCGGAGCAGCAAUUUCUAAUAAUAUUGUUGUCCGUCCAUCCAGGUCACCGUUGUGGACCAAAGAAAAACUUGAACCAAUAACACUUCGAAAUGGCCAGUCUCUGGUCCUUCCCUGCAGACCCCCACUUGGAUUACCACCACCUAUAAUAUUCUGGAUGGAUAAUUCCUUUCAAAGACUUCCACAAAGCGAGAGGGUUUCUCAGGGUCUGAAUGGAGACCUUUAUUUCUCCAACGUUCUCCCGGAGGAUACCCGUGAAGACUAUAUCUGUUAUGCCAGAUUUAAUCAUACUCAAACCAUACAGCAGAAGCAGCCUAUUUCGGUCAAGGUGAUUUCAGUGGAUGAAUUGAAUGACACUAUAGCUGCUAAUUUGAGUGACACUGAGUUUUAUAGUGCUAAACCAAAUAGAGAGAGGCCACCAACCUUUUUAACUCCAGAAGGCAACACCAGUAACAAGGAGGAAUUAAGGGGAAAUGUCCUUUCGCUAGAAUGCAUCGCAGAGGGGCUGCCUACCCCGGUCAUUUACUGGAUAAAAGAGGACGGCACGCUACCCACCAACCGGACAUUUUAUAGGAACUUUAAGAAAACUCUGCAGAUUAUUCAGGUUUCAGAAGCAGACUCCGGAAAUUACCAGUGUAUAGCCAAAAAUGCAUUAGGAGCAAUCCAUCAUACCAUUUCUGUCACGGUCAAAGCGGCUCCAUACUGGAUCCUGGCACCUCAAAAUCUUGUACUGUCCCCGGGAGAGGAUGGGUCGCUGAUCUGCAGAGCUAACGGCAACCCCAAGCCCAGGAUCAGCUGGUUAUCAAAUGGCGUCCCAAUAGAAAUUGCCCCUGAUGACCCCAGCAGAAAAAUCGAUGGCGAUACCAUUAUUUUUUCGAAUGUUCAAGAAAGAUCAAGUGCGGUGUAUCAGUGCAACGCCUCUAAUGAAUACGGAUAUUUACUGGCAAACGCAUUUGUAAAUGUGCUGGCUGAGCCACCACGAAUCCUUACAUCUGCAAAUACACUCUAUCAGGUCAUUGCAAACAGGCCUGCUUUACUGGAUUGUGCCUUCUUUGGGUCUCCUCUUCCUACCAUUGAGUGGUUCAAGGGAGCUAAGGGUAGCGCGCUCCGUGACGAUAUUUAUGUUUUGCAUGAAAAUGGAACUUUGGAAAUUCCUGUGGCCCAAAAGGACAGUACAGGAACUUACACGUGUGUUGCAAGGAAUAAGUUAGGAAUGGCAAAGAAUGAAGUUCACUUAGAAAUCAAAGAUCCAACCAGGAUCAUUAAGCAGCCUGAAUAUGCAGUAGUGCAAAGAGGGAGCACGGUGUCCUUUGAAUGCAAAGUGAAACACGAUCACACCUUGACCCUCACCAUCACGUGGCUGAAGGACAACGGUGAGCUGCCCAGUGACGGAAGGUUCACUGUUGACAAGGACCAUUUGGAGGUAGCUGAUGUGAGGGACAGCGAUGGUGGGGCCUACACAUGCGUGGCCAACACAACUCUAGACAUGGUCUCCGCCAGUGCUGUGCUUAGCGUCGUCGAUGUCCCAAAUCCUCCCUUUGAUUUAGAAUUGACGGAUCAACUCGACAAAAGUGUUCAGCUGUCGUGGACCCCAGGCGAUGACAACAAUAGCCCUAUUACAAAAUUCAUCAUUGAAUAUGAAGACGCAAUGCAUGAGGCAGGACUGUGGCACCACCAAACCGAGGUUCCUGGAACGCAGACCACAGCCCAGCUGAAGCUGUCACCUUAUGUGAACUACUCCUUCAGAGUGAUGGCAGUGAACAGCCUUGGGAGGAGCCUGCCCAGCGAGCCAUCUGAACAGUAUUUGACUAAAGCUGCAGAACCAGAUACAAAUCCCACGGCUGUGGAAGGACUAGGAUCCGAGCCUGAUAAUUUGGUGAUUACCUGGAAGCCCUUGAAUGGUUUCGAAUCUAAUGGGCCAGGCCUCCAAUACAAAGUUAGCUGGCUCCAGAAAGAUGGCGAUGAUGAAUGGGCGUCAGUGGUUGUGGCGAACGUAUCCAAAUAUAUUGUCUCAGGCACACCAACCUUUGUUCCAUACCUGAUAAAAGUGCAGGCCCUGAAUGAUGUGGGGUUUGCUCCAGAGCCGGCUGUGGUCAUGGGCCAUUCCGGAGAAGACCUCCCAAUGGUGGCUCCCGGAAAUGUGCGUGUAAACGUGGUGAACAGUACCUUAGCUGAGGUGCACUGGGACCCGGUACCUCUGAAAAGUAUCCGAGGACACCUGCAAGGCUAUCGGAUUUACUACUGGAAGGCACAGGAGGGUUCACUUAAGAGAAACAGACGCCACAUCGAGAAAAAGAUCCUCACUUUCCAGGGCAGCAAGACUCACGGCAUGUUGCCCGGGCUGGAGCCUUUCAGCCACUACGCACUGAACGUGCGAGUGGUCAACGGGAAAGGGGAGGGCCCGGCCAGCCCCGACAGAGUCUUUAAUACUCCAGAAGGAGUCCCCAGUGCUCCGUCCUCUUUGAAGAUUGUUAACCCGACGCUAGACUCCCUCACUUUGGAAUGGGACCCACCAAGCCGCCCGAAUGGCAUUUUGACUGAAUACACCUUAAAGUAUCAGCCAAUCAACAGCACGCACGAGUUAGGCCCACUGGUGGAUCUGAAAAUUCCUGCCAACAAGACGCGCUGGACUUUAAAAAAUUUAAACUUCAGCACUCGGUAUAAGUUUUAUUUCUAUGCGCAAACAGCAGCAGGAUCGGGGAGUCAAAUCACAGAGGAAGCAGUGACAACUGUGGAUGAAGGUAAGCUGGCAAUGGCAAGCCGACAGGUGGAUAUUGCGACUCAGGGCUGGUUCAUUGGUCUGAUGUGUGCCGUCGCUCUUCUCAUCUUAAUUUUGCUGAUCGUUUGCUUCAUCAGAAGAAACAAGGGUGGUAAAUAUCCAGUUAAGGAAAAGGAAGAUGCUCACGCUGAUCCUGAAAUCCAGCCUAUGAAGGAAGACGAUGGCACUUUUGGAGAAUACAGUGACGCAGAAGACCACAAGCCUUUGAAAAAGGGCAGUCGAACACCUUCAGACAGGACGGUGAAGAAAGAAGAUAGCGACGAUAGCCUAGUUGACUACGGAGAGGGGGUGAACGGCCAGUUCAAUGAGGACGGCUCCUUUAUUGGACAAUACAGUGGUAAGAAGGAGAAAGAACCCGCCGAAGGAAACGAAAGCUCAGAGGCACCUUCUCCUGUCAAUGCCAUGAAUUCCUUUGUUUAACCCGCAAGCCCUUUGCCAAUAUCCCAUUUCUCUAGAAUGUUCAUCCUAAGCACUUGUUUGUCUGCCUUCUCAUACUAUGAACUCAGGGGCAGACAGUGCGUGUUCUGCCGUGUGUUAAUAUUAUGAGAACAGCUAAAACAAGAACGCAACUCCGUCAGAUGAUUUGUUAAUGUGAACUGCAGUGCAAAGUGCAUCCUUUGUCACUCAAAAUAGGCAUCCUUGGUUUCCGCAGAACUGAUCAAAAUAACACAGCCUCGUCAACGGAUCGUGUUACUUCCUCUUCAGGACACAGU